GCUACAGCAGAGGAGCCUGCCUGCCAUCUAUAAGCAGCAGCCCAAGGCGAAACCAGCCGACGCCACAGCCACCACCACCGACCCCCUCUCCUCCCCCUCUCAUCCCUCGACCGCCUCCCUCCGCCGCCCCGAUCCGCGCGGCCUCGCCGUCCUCCUCUGACCCGCCGCCUGGCAGCUCCUCGGUGUGGGAAUGCGGGUUCUUGGCGCGGCGCCGCGGUGAGUGACAGGUUGGUGGUAGCCGCCCCGCGCCCGCGAUGGGCUGCUUCCCGUGCUUCGGCUCGAGGCGUGAGGAGGGAAUGAAGUACUACGGCGCCAAGGCCGGCGGCAGCGGCGCCGGGGGGUGGGCAGCCGCGUCCUCGUCCGCUGCCGGCGGCGGCGGCAUGGAGGAGGCGGCCGUGGCGGCGGCGCCGCGAGUCGAGAGGAUCCCCGCAGGGGCCGACAAGGCGCGGGCGAAAGGCAAUGCCGGUGCGAAGAAGGAGCUUUCGGUUCUCAAGGACGCCAACGGCAAUGUCAUCUCCGCACAGACCUUCACCUUCCGCCAGCUUGCAGCCGCCACGAGGAACUUCAGGGAUGAAUGCUUCAUUGGGGAGGGAGGGUUUGGGCGUGUUUACAAGGGCCGUCUGGACGGCACGGGACAGGUUGUUGCUAUCAAACAGCUCAAUAGGGAUGGUAAUCAAGGAAACAAAGAAUUUCUAGUGGAAGUUCUCAUGCUCAGUUUGCUGCAUCAUCAAAACCUUGUUAAUUUGGUUGGUUAUUGUGCUGAUGGAGAUCAACGCCUUCUCGUGUAUGAGUAUAUGCCCCUUGGAUCAUUGGAAGACCAUUUGCAUGAUCUCCCUCCUGACAAGGAGCCCUUGGAUUGGAACACUAGGAUGAAAAUUGCUGCAGGUGCUGCUAAAGGGCUGGAGUACCUCCAUGACAAGGCACAGCCACCGGUUAUAUACAGGGACUUCAAGUCAUCAAAUAUUCUAUUAGGCGACGGUUUCCACCCAAAGCUGUCAGACUUUGGUCUUGCUAAAUUGGGUCCUGUUGGUGACAAGUCUCAUGUCUCAACACGUGUUAUGGGAACAUAUGGUUAUUGUGCUCCUGAAUAUGCUAUGACAGGACAACUUACAGUUAAGUCAGAUGUUUAUAGCUUUGGAGUUGUCUUGCUUGAGUUGAUUACUGGCCGGAAGGCCAUUGACAGCACCAGACCACCCGGAGAACAAAAUCUUGUGUCAUGGGCACGGCCUCUUUUCAAUGACAGGCGGAAGCUCCCAAAGAUGGCUGACCCAGGGCUGGAGGGACGAUAUCCUAUGCGUGGGCUUUACCAGGCGCUAGCGGUGGCAUCAAUGUGCAUUCAGUCAGAGGCUGCAUCGCGUCCACUCAUCGCUGACGUUGUGACUGCGCUUUCCUACCUAGCAUCCCAAAUCUACGAUCCUAACGCGGCGAACACUUCCAAGAAGGCAGCCUGGGGCGACCAGUUGAGCAGAGCUGCCGACAGCGGAAGGGCACUCUCCAAGAACGACGAGGCAGGCGGCUCUGGCCACAAGUCACCGAACAAGGACCGGGCAGACUCCCCCAGGGAGUUCCCUGGGACGACGAACAAGGAUCUGGACAGGGAGCGGAUGGUGGCUGAGGCGAAGAUGUGGGGCGAGAACUGGAGGGAGAAGCGGCGUGCUGCUGCCGGCUCGCAGGGGAGCCUGGAUUCUCCAACCGGAGCCGGGUAGCGUCAGUCGUCAAGGGUCUGGCCUGUACGAGUUCUGUCUCGACUGUGUUUACCUUUGAGUGGCAGGGAUGAAAAAGAGAUGGCUUUCGGGUGAUGUUAGAUGUACAUUCUUAGUGGCAAAACAAAACAAAACCGGGAAAAAAAAAGAGGGAGAGAAGAGAAGCAUUGGGUGCUUUGUUCUGGAUGUGGUCGAGUCGUGCCUGUAAAUUCUCGAAAAUUUUGCAACGGUGAAGGAUAAGUUUGAGCCUCA